UCGCUUUAUCAGGCGUCUUCUCGCGUGGCAGCCUCUCUCUCGUCUCGUGGUUCCUUAGAGCUCGCCGUUUCUACAGCUUUGGCUUUUAAUUUCCAGGACUUGCAUUCUGCCAUGUCUUCUGAAGAAGGGAAACUCUUCGUGGGAGGGCUCAACUUCAACACCGAUGAGCAGGCACUAGAAGACCACUUCAGCAGCUUUGGGCCUAUCUCUGAGGUGGUUGUUGUCAAGGACCGGGAGACUCAAAGAUCCCGGGGUUUUGGCUUCAUCACCUUCACUAACCCAGAGCAUGCUUCAGAUGCCAUGAGAGCCAUGAAUGGAGAGUCUCUGGAUGGGCGCCAGAUCCGUGUGGACCAUGCAGGCAAAUCUGCCCGGGGAACCAGAGGAGGUGCCUUUGGGGCACAUGGGCGUGGUCGCAGCUACUCUAGAGGUGGUGGAGACCAGGGCUAUGGAAGUGGAAGAUAUGACAGUCGACCUGGAGGAUAUGGAUAUGGAUAUGGACGGUCUAGAGACAACAGCGGCAGAAGCCAGGGUGGCUAUGACCGCUACUCAGGAGGAAAUUACAGAGACAAUUAUGACAACUGAGAUGGGACAUGCACACAUAAUAUACACAAGGAAUAACACUCUUCUGAUCCAAGAUCGUCCUUCCAAAAUGCUGUAUUUGUAAAGAUUUUUGGAGCUGCGCUGAAACAUCUGUUUUAGUACAUCAAGUUCUAUUUUUUAAUUGAGCUCCCAAGGUAGUUAGAGACCUUUUAGAAAGCUCCAGGUGUUCUUUAAGCAUUUUUCCCUUUAAAGACAAAUAUUAAGACAUUUGUUACAGUCCCAAUAUUUUUCCUUUAAUUAGAAUUUUUGUUUAGGUGCUCAGGAUUGUUUCUGGCCCCAAAAGGUGGCCAGGCUAAUGUUUUUUAAAUUAAUGGAUAUUUAGGGACAUUUUAAAAAACUUGUACAAAUGUUUAUCAUGGCCAGAAAGUGAGUUCUGAAUGUACCUAUGAACAAUCUGAAUCAAGAUCAUGAUUACUUAGAGAUGUUUUUUAUUCAAGAUCACCGUCCUGAUUACAUAGAAGAACUUUAAAAUGUUUGUGAAUGUCAUUUUUUUUUAAUACUGGAAGAAAAAGUAUUCUGUUGUGUCUGAUGUGUUUAGGAUGUCCGUUAUGGAGCUAAUUAAAAGAUGAAACCUGAACACAAA